GCGCCAGCGUGCAUCGAGUGCAUCUUACGUGACAUUGCACCUGUUCUCGUCGUCGAUUGCGUUGGACAAGAUUAUCGCUGUUCUGGAUAUUGCGACAAAGAGAUGAGACACUUCGCGAUCGUGAUGCUGGGCCUGAUCGGUCUGGUCUCGGCCAAGCCCGCUCUUUUGUCCGUACCGUUGACAUACAUGACAACUUUGACACCCAUCGGUACCAAUCGUGGACAGAACCUGGACAGAUUGAAAGACCCGGUCGCGCAUCCCGAUGAGAGGAGGACGAAUUCGGCAAACGAGCCUGAAAGAUCGGUUGGGUCGCGAGAACAAGAAUCGUCGUCACCCCGAUUCGUCAACAACGCGCCUCUCGAUGUCGACGGCAGGGUCGUGGAUACGCCAGAAGUCGCGGCAGCCAAGGCGGCCCACGCGGCCGCGCACGUCAAAGAGAAGAUCAACCUAGCGAAGGAGGCUGCGAGAUCCGGUAGCGCGACGGAUUCGUCGGAAACCAGCGACGAUGUGACCCUCACCGAGACGGUUCUGAGUACACCGAAAGUCGCGCGUGUCAACGAGAAUAUCGACCUGGAAGCCGGCGACGUUCUCGCGCGACUCCGCGACGGUUCCGUGGUGCCGUUGGUGCUCGCCAACGGUGUCGUCGCUCUCGUGCCCGUCGGUCUCGACGGCAGGCCCCUGGACAACGUGUCGGAAACGAUGGUGGCUCAUGACGAUCAGAAUCCGGUGAACGACGCGAGAUCCGUGGACGCUCUGGCGAUCGCAGGUCCAGCUCUCGCUUAUGGCAGAUUGGUUUAUUAAAAGAAAAGAUUUACCCGAGGCACUCUUUUGGAGAAGACAUGUUUCAUAGUUUAUUAGUAUCGAUUAAUUGUAUGUCAGAUAAUAAUGGAUUAUGCAUGGACGGUUACUCUCUUCUAUCUCUUUCUUAUUGCAUCUUAUUUUACGAGACGAUUUAUUGUGAAGCAUUUUAUUAUUUUAUU